AUGUCAACCGAAGACCAAUUCUGUACACAUGUCUCAAAAACCAUCGAAGCAUAUUACAAGAAGAAUAUAAGCGGUUACGUAGAUAUCCCGAUAUGUUUGAUUGGCGUAUUUCUCAACCUAUUCAACAUCCUGGUAUUCUCGAGGAAAAACAUGAUUUCAUCUGCCAACUUGAUACUAGCUCAUUUAGCCUUCGUAGAUAUGUUGGAUUUAAUAGCUUACAUUUGGUAUUCGUGGAUCUCCUUUUCGCAUUAUCCUCAUUUCGAAGGAAAAUGGGAUUUCGAGCAGGCAAUAGUUCAUUUGGGAUGCUACAAUUUCGUGAUCACUUUUCACUUCAUAUCGGUAUUUUUGACGAUGAUGUUGGCCAUAUGGCGAUAUAUAGCUGUGGUACAUCCUUUCAAGGAAUCCCAAUGGUGUAAUAUGAAGACUACACGCAAUGCAGUGAAGGCUAGUUACAUAUUAUGCAUUUUGCUUAGCGUGCCUAUGUAUUUAUCGCGUGAUAUAAAGAACCAGAAUACUAAUAACCAAACGCUGACGAAACUGAUAAUUGUCUUAUGGACGAGAAAAGAACAUAGAAAACAUCCAGUCGCCACUUCAAGCACCCACAGCAACAAGAGAAGUCUCCGAAGUAAACGGAAACAGCAACUCGAUAGAUCAGUGGUCAUAAUGUUGGCGCUUGUGGCAUUAUUUCUGGUUAUUAAAAUUCCAUCAGGAAUACUGAAUUUGAUGGGUUCGUGUUAUACUGGCUUGGGAGGAAUAAUCAACACGCUGGCAAAUAUCAAUAUAUCCAUCACGUUUGUUGUAUACUAUACGAUGAGCAGAAACUUCAGAAUCACAUUUAAAUCUUUGUUCAAUGGUAACGUGCUCGAAAAAGAUAUGGUUUUUAGUACGAGCAAUAAUGCAACAUUACACUAA